AUGGAUACAAGGGACAUGCAUCCCCUGGACCCGUCUGAAAAAAAUGACAGAACAGUAUUGUCACUAGCUCCUUGUGCAUCUACUUUACUUUUACGCUCGUCAAGGUCCUUGACAAACUAUGGUGGACUCCGAUUCGCAUACAAAAUUUCAUGGCUUCACAGGGAAUCAGAGGCCCUUCUUACAGGGGUGAAUUAUCUUAGUUGGUAUGGUCCUAAAGCUCAUUUUGUUGUUUCGGAGCCGAAGCUAGUCAAAGAGAUACUGAACAACAAAGAUAGAGCUUAUCCAAAAGGAGACAUUCCAGCCUAUUUCAGAUUGUUGUUAGGGAAUGGAGUCACAACAUCAGAAGGGGAAAAAUGGACAAAACAUAGGAAAUUGUCCACUUAUGCUUUCAAUACAGAGAACUUAAAAGGUAUGAUUCCAGCAAUGAUUUCCAGUGUUGAGAUGCUUCUAGAAAGGUGGAAACAGUAUGAGGGCAGAGAGAUCGAGGUCUACCAAGAAUUCAGGUUAUUAACGUCAGAAGUAAUUUCUAGGACAGCCUUUGGGAGCAGUUACUUAGAGGGGAAGAACAUUUUCGACAUGUUGACGAAGCUGUCCCUGAUAAUAAAUAGGAAUAUCUACAAACUUAGGCUUCCUGGCAUUAGUAAGUUCUGGAGGACUGAAGAUGAAAUAGAAUCAGAGAAACUCGUGAAAGGAAUACACCACUCUGUGAUGGAGAUAAUAAAGAAAAGAGAAGAAAAGGUGAAGAAUGGAGAAACAGAUGGAUUUGGGAAUGAUUUUCUUGGAGUUCUUGUGAAUGCAUACCGCGAUCCUGAUGAGAAGAAGAGGAUUUCAAUAGAUGACUUGGUUGACGAGUGCAAGACAUUUUACAUUGCGGGACAGGAAUCCACUAAUUCAUUGCUUUCCUGGACUAUACUGGUUUUAGCAAUCCAUUCAGAUUGGCAAGAGGAAGCCAGAAAGGAGGUUUUCAAGACAUUUGGCCAACAAAAACCAAAUCUAGAUGGAAUUGCAAAACUUAGGAUUGUGAGCAUGAUUAUCAAUGAAACCCUAAGAUUAUAUCCUCCAGUUCUUGGCCUUAUAAGAAAAGUUGAGACAGAUGUUCAAAUUGGGCAGCUCACUCUACCAGCUAAUAUAAACUUGUACAUUGCUAAUAUGGCACUUCACCAUGACCCUCAAAUAUGGGGAGAAGACGUGCAUCUUUUCAAACCAGAGAGGUUCUCAGAAGGAGUUGCUAAAGCUACAAACAACAACCCUGCUGCAUUUUUUCCCUUCGGUUUAGGACCUCGUACUUGCGUGGGCUUGAACUUUGCCACAACUGAAGCGAAAAUUACUCUUUCGAUGAUUUUGCAGAAAUACUUAUUCACCCUUUCCCCAACCUAUAUCCACUCACCAUAUGAGUCAGUUACACUCUGUCCCCGAAAUGGAGUUCAGAGCGCAAAUAUUGAGGCACUUGAUAUUGUAGCUUACAGAGAAUUCAACUGA